GUAACCAAGUAACCAAUAACGCUCUGGUCCGUCUACCAUACCCGUUCGGCUUUGGUCCGUUUGCUAAUCUGUCCGUAGUGAAACAAGAAGGUUUGUCUCAACUGCUAGUGUCGCCCAAACCUACCGUGAAACUAGCUUACUCUCAACAUGGAAGAAGUUUAUAAAUCCACAUUACCUACUGGAGUUUAAAUCGGCAACGUUAGACGAACCGCCGUUGCCGACGUUGUUUAUAGUGAGCACGAAGAAUUCCCAUUAUACGGUAGCAAGAAAUUUACGCUUUACGUCUUUGAACGAGGGUGCGACUCAGCUAGAACAAGCUGUUCUACUAAGAUUUAUCAAUGGACGCGGUUGUGCAGUUUACCAGCCAAAGUCAAGGAAGGGACCGUAUAUUCAGGGCAACUCAAUAUGCAUGUGCACUGUCGGUGUAUUUACUUCGGAACAACUCCGAAAGAAAGGACCUUGUGGCGAAACUCAAAAGUCUGGAAACCAACAUGAGCGCUGGAAGAAAACUGUUCAGGCUGGGGAACACAAUAAAUUCCAUUGAGGCUGCUAAGCGAACCAUGCAACUCUCUGACCGAGUGCUGAGCCUCUGCCUUACUGCGGCCAACGCCAGCCGCGCCCUCUACUUUAUCUGUGACAAUGUACUUUGGGCCAGAAAUGUCGGCCUUAUCCGCCAUAUCGACAAGGAACGCUGGAGUCUGAAUGCCUCUCGAUGCUAUUUCCUCUCGCUAGUAACAAGUCUGACCAGAGAUGUUUAUGAAGUCAUCCAGUUAAUGGCACAGAAAGCAAGAGACAGACACUUUAGACAGAAAAUGGAGCUGCAUCUCAAUGAGAGUCCUGAAGUGGCCGAAGCAGUCAUCCCUCAGCUGGAUGCGUUUCUCUUUCUGCUGUUAGAGAGCCUGAGAUCGCAUCCUGCUGUUGCCUUGGACAUGCUUAAAAAUGUAUGUGAUCUCUUCAUUCCCCUUGAUAGGUUGGGUAUAUACCAAUCGAACGCAGGAGUGGUAGGAUUUUGUGGUUUGUUAUCUUCAGUGAUUGGGAUUGUAACCCUUGCACAGCCCAAGUUAAGACUUAGACCCUGAUAAGAAGGGCAGAGUUCAUCCUGCUGACUAACUGCAGAUAAAAGGAUUUAUCCUGACAGGAUGUAGUGUGUCUACCUGAAGCUGUAAUGGUGGACUAAAGUAGACCUGGUGCACAUUGAGAUUAGGGCACAUUUUGUAACAUUUAAAUCAGGCCAGCAACAACUGAUGGCGUGAUUGGAUUUGAUUUUUUUGUCAUGGAUUCUUGAUUAACAAAAUGACUAAACAUUGAAUGGGGAACUGGUGAAGUUUAAAACUCUGGUAUGAAAGGAAUACAAAUCAAGUUAACAUAGAAUCCUUGUUUGUUUUACAUAGAUUAAAAGAGCCAAGGCUUAACGUGUGUGCAUUCCUUUCUUCUCCAGCACUGCGUGUAACACCAGUUUUCUUACUACUGUACUUUCAAAAAAGGGCUCUUUACUGAUGCACAUAUCUCUUAGAAAAAGUAAACUUUUUACCACUCUAUGUCCACUGUCUUUAUAUUUUCUCCAUUUGUGAUAAGAUGCUGCUAAAAGUUGUACCUCAAUGAUUCAAGUGAUAAACUGCUUCUCGGCCAAACGUGCUUCCAGAGGGGAAAAAGCAGCUGACAGAUUUCAGGGGAUAGGAUUCUCUCACAGUAGACAUCUUGUCUAGUCAUUGUAGGACAAGCACAGAAUUACCAGUUAUGCAAACAAUGGCUCUGUUCUGUCUGAGUGUGGCUGUGAGUUUGGCAGAAAGCCAACAUUCACAAUACAAUGACGCUGAAAUCAAAGCAGCUUCAUGGAAUUCAUCCAUAAUUAGUGUCAUUGUUUUCUAUAUGUGUUUUCCUACUGCUGUGGCGACUAAUUUGUCUUCUGUGAAAAAGUAUUUAAUCUCACCUGUUAUGACUCAGACAGCAUAAUGAACGUCAGACUCAUGGCCUGUAUGUCAAUUUAAAAUGUAAAUUAUUGAGUUAAAAAAUAUCAAUACAAUUGGUGUUAUUUUUGAAUGAGAAGAGACACUCUCGAUAAUGUGAUAACAAUAAUAUUCUUAAUAUAUUGCUUAGUACGCUUGUGUGUAUACUUGUUAUUCAAAUCUUUGAUUAAAACAAGUGCGGAGGAUAAAGUAGAGACCUCCAACUCCCUUUAGAAAAUAACUAAUAUUAGACUUCAGUUCUAAAAGCUGCGAGUGAGAUUUACAAUGACAUGAAGUUUGUUUCAUUCCAGGGGACCUAAUGUUUUUACUGUCACACUUGAUUUCAAAGGUUAAUAAAUACUA